AUGUCAAACCCAAAGAGACAAACUCCUCAGACUCAAACCUUGACGUUCGUUGUAGCAACUGCAUCUAAGUCCAGCCAGGAUAAUCAAAAACUGGUCCGAAGCCAUGCUGCUCGCUCGAAUCAAUCCCGCGGUAAUAAGAAGAAUAUUAAAUCAUGGAUGUUGAAAAAGAAAGAUACAUCUACAGCUUUACAAGUCCCUGAUGGUUCUAUUCCAGGCCGCGUGGGAUCUAACUUAUCUUUGCUUGAUUUUCCUGAGCCUCUGAAGCCUUACAUGGAGAAUGAUAUCUUCCGGUGCUUCCACGGGAUGAGAGGUGCGUUAUACCCAUCGGAGAUAUGCCUCCAGGUUGACGAAACGAAAUCAUCAUGGACUACCAAUCUACUCGUCGACCAAGUAUACUUUCACUCCGUCAUUUUCUCCACCGAAGCAUAUUUCGACAUGAUCCUUGGGAGAAAGCAAGGCUGCCUUUCACAAUUUCACUUUUCAAAAACACUCAGACUGCUCCAAGAACGACUCAGUAACCCGCAUGAUUCCAUGGUUAUUUCAGACGCUACUAUUAUGGUGGUGGUGACCUUGGGCCUUGUUGCUGAGUUGAUAGGUGAUCGAGCGGCAGCAGAGAGCCAUGUAGCUGGGAUGGCGAGGAUAGUUGAUUUGAGAGGUGGCCUUGAGAUGCUCAGAUAUGAUAACCCCAGACUACCGGCCAAGGUUUGCAGGGUUGACCUUGGCCUUGCCCUUCGUUUUGGUUGUAGACCAGUUUUCUUCAACGACGAUAUCUCUUGGAAUCCCUACAUUUCAAGCCAAGGUCUAAUCCGGGGUAUGAAAAAAGCAAACAAACGAAACAACGAUAUAGUUGUUUUUAUCAAAACUCUAGACCCCAGGUUAUCGAACGUGUGGAGGGAUCUAGAAGAAUUUUCAACGCUCAGCAACCUCGCCAGCCAAACAGGUCGAAAACUCCAGCCCAAUACCUUCAGCGAGAUCAUGGUAUCUAUACUCUACCGCCUGCUUGCCCUAUCAUAUCCCUCAUCUCCUGUUGAGAAUGCUCUGCGUCUUGGGAUGAUGGCGUACACUGCAGCGAUAUUCUUCCGUUGGCGCGAGAUGAAGCAGCGGCAGGCAUUUCUGGAUGGUUCUUUUAGAGGUGCUUUAUCUGAGUUGAGGAAAGCUGAAGUGCGGCUACCUGAUGCUAUGCUUUUAUGGCUCUUGGUGCUUUGGAAGAUCACUGUCAGCGAUGAUUCUGAUCAUGAUGUGUUUUCGGAAUGGACGUUUGAGGUUCUGCAUGGUUUGGAAGUUAAGUCGUGGGAUGGUGUGCGCGAUGUCUUGAAGACGGUGGUUUGGAUUGAUUGUUUGUUCGAUGCAUCUGGCAGACGUGUCUUUGAGCCCAAUGUUGGAAAGGAUGACUGGAGAGUUGCCAAAAGCUCAGUCAUAGAUUGA